AUGUCGUCGCUCGCCGUCGGCCGCGGGCCGGAGAGCGAGCUGUACUGGCUCGGGGGCCUCUUCACGGCCGCGGAACUGGCCGCCGCCGACCUGCUGCUAAAGCUACGCGGUGACGACGAGGAGGAGGUGGCGGCGUCCGCCGACACGUCAUCAUACUCGCGGCGGUUCCCGAGCUCCCGCCGCGAGGACCUCGCCGUGGUGGACGAGGAGUCGAAGGAGGAGCGGGCCUUCGAGGACGCCGCGACGGCGUCUGCGGCCACGCCGUUCUCCUCGAGGCGGUCUGCGAGCUCGUGCUGCCAGGUCCCCGUGGAGGCCGAGGAGGAGCCUCGGCCGAUCGUCAAGGAGACGGCGCCCUCGCUGGGGUCGAUGGAGCUGGACAGGAGGGCGAGGAAGAGGCACCGCCUGCUGUCUGAGCUGUACGCCGCCACGGCCCCGGUGACAUCAUCCUCCGCCUCCGCGAAGAAGAAGAUACGGAAGGUACACGGUGACGACGGCGCCGGCACCGUCGAGUCGUCGGUGGACCAGGAGACGAGGAACGGCGAGGGACUAGUAGCACAGAAGGGCUUCUAUGUAAUUACGCCGUGA